AUGUCAGAUGACAUGGUUAACCGCAUGGUGGUGACGGGAUUCCUGCUGCUGGGAUUCUCAGAGGUCCGGGAGUUGCAGGUGGUCCACAUCGCGCUGUUCCUCCUGGUCUACCAGGCGGCCCUGAUGGGGAAACUACUCUUUGUCGCCGUCAUCGCCCUCAACCGGUGCCUCCACACACCCAUGUACUUCUUCCUCAGGAACGUGGCUCUCAUCGACCUCUCCUACGUCUCCUUCACCGUCCCCAAAUCCACCCUCAACUCCCUCUUGAACGUGAACUCCAUCUCCCUGCCGGCUGGAGCUUCUCGAACGGAAAUGGCCCUGCUGACCGUCAUGUCCCAUGCUCGCUUCAUGGCCAUCUGCCACCCCCUGCACUUUGACACAAUCAUGCACCACAGGCCUAGGCGCGAAAACCUGAGUUUAGUCACGACCAUUGGCUUACCCUUCUUCUGCUUCGUGCUCAUCGUGGUCUCUUAUGCGCUAAUCUUCCGGGCCGUGCUGAGGAUGCCGGCCUCGGAGGGCCUGGCCACAGCCUUCUCCACCUGCGUUCCUCACCUCAUCAUCGUCACUCUUUUUAUCACUUCCAGCUCCUCUGCCUACCUGAAGCCGAUAUUACACUCCCCCUCGGUGCUCCAACUGACGCUGUCCAUGUUCUACUCUGUGAUGUCCCCCACCCUGAACCCCCUCAUCUACAGCCUGAGGAAUCCGGACAUGUAG